AUGACCGAAGACUUCAAAUGCGAUGGCUCUACCUACACGUGUCGCUCUCUCGUCGGUUACUCUAGCAAGAACGCCACAACGUUAGGCCAUAUCCAGGUCCUCUUCUCCGUCAAGAAGCUUUGUUCGAUCCUCGAAGCCAACAGCCUCCCACACUCCACCUCACCCGGUAAGCUCGUGAACGAGAACCAGGUCGUACGCAUCCCAGUCCCUUGCUAUUGCUCCAACGGAACCGGCGUCUCAAACCGGGUUCCCAUUUACACCGUAAAAGAAGGUGACUCGCUCUUCUCCAUCGCAUCUGAUAUUUUCGGAGAUCUUGUUCACAAAAAGAUCAGAGAGGUGAAUAGCAUCCCAAGCACAAGGGGAAUUAACAUCGGUCAAAAGUUAUGGAUCCCUUUGCCUUGUAGCUGUGAUAAACUGGCCGGUCAAGAUGUUGUCCACUAUGCACACGUGGUCAAACAGGGAAGCUCCCUUGCUGAGGUCGCAGCUAAGUUUGGAACGGACGUGGCGACAUUGGCUCGGCUCAAUGGGAUCUCCGUGGAUGAGGCGCUCAACGUUGACCACCCUAUGGACGUCCCACUCAGAGCCCAUGUUAUCUACAAACCCUGCACUAUAUCCUUUAAAUGCAAUCAGACAUAUCUCAACUAUCCCUUUUGGACACCUGGCAGAGAAGAGUGCGGUCACCCGGAUUUCAAAGUCAACUGUACCGGAGAAUUCGCAGAGUUUAACAUUUCCUCUGUUAAGUUCCAAGUCCUUGAGAUGAACUAUGUUAAUAUAACCAUAAGACCUGCCAGGACGAGGGAUUAUAUCAACGAUCUAUAUUACAAUCUUUGUCCCCAAUACCCUGAGAGCAUAUUAAUCAACCAAGAUGUCCUUCCAUUUUCUGAAGACACUGUGAUGUCAAGUUUUUAUUACAACUGCUCUGAUCCUAAGGUAGAUGUUCCUCCCAGUGGCUACAUUAGAAAGAUUGACUGCGACACUGAUACUGUUGGGAAAACUUACUUUUCCUUGUUACCUUCACAUUCUGAGGAUAGAGCUAUCUUAGAUGUGUUAAGUUCAUCGUGUACAAGAAAUGUCAGUAUUCCAAUCUCUCAAUCUGCCUUGAGGAUAGACGAGAGAAAUCAGAGUCUAGCGGAUAUAAAGCAAGCUCUUAUUACGGGUUUCAAGGUUAGAUUUACCAGUGACUGUUCACAGUGUGUAGAAUCAGGGGGUGCUUGUGGACAUAAUCCAAACUCGAGAGCAUUCUUCUGCCACUAUAGAAAUGGGGCUCAUGAGGAUACUUGCGGUUCUGAACAAAAGAUUGUUCAUGCAUUGCUCUCCCGUACUGGAAAAAUAGGCAUCGCGUUCUUUUGUGGAUUCUUGGGGUUCAUUGCAGUAGCAGUAAUAUUAGGCCUUCGGAAGAAAAAAACUUCACAUCGUCCGAUAUACCAGAACCUAAAGGCGCUACAGCUGAAACAAUACAGUUAUGCAGAAGUGAAAAUAGUUACAAAAUCAUUUUCACACACAGUUGGGAAAGGAGGAUUUGGAACUGUGUAUAAAGGGAAGUUACAAGAUGGUCGUAAAGUUGCUGUAAAGGUCUUAAAGGAUUUUAAGAGUAGUGGUGAAGAUUUCAUCAACGAAGUCGCAAGUAUGAGCCAAACAUCUCAUGUCAACAUUGUUUCUUUGCUUGGUUUCUGCUAUGAAGGGUCCAAAAGAGCAAUUGUGUAUGAGUUUCUAAAGAAUGGUUCUCUGGAUCAGUUCCUCUCUAAAAAGAAGCCACUGGGUCUUGAUGUGACUACACUAUAUGAAAUCGCUCUAGGCGUUGCUCGGGGACUCGAGUACUUGCACCAUGGCUGCAAAACAAGGAUUGUACAUUUUGAUAUUAAACCUCAAAAUGUACUGUUAGAUGACAAGCUCUGCCCUAAAGUCUCAGACUUUGGGCUUGCUAAGCUAUGCGAGAAAAGGGAAAGCAUCUUGUCAUUGCUAGACACAAGAGGAACUAUAGGUUACAUUGCACCUGAGGUGUUCUCAAGAUUGUAUGGCAGAGUCUCCCACAAGUCAGAUGUUUAUAGCUACGGAAUGUUGGUCCUUGAGAUGAUUGGAGCAAGGAACAAAGAAAUAUUUGAAAACACAGCUUCCGACGCUAGUACGGCUUACUUUCCAGAUUGGAUAUAUAAGGAUCUUGAAAAUGGAGAGCACACGUGGAAAUUUGGUGAUCAAAUAACUAAAGAGGAAGAAGAGAUUGGAAAGAAGAUGAUCUUGGUGGGUCUUUGGUGUAUUCAGCCAUGUCCAUCGAACCGUCCACAAAUGAAUAGAGUUGUCGAGAUGAUGGAAGGAAGCUUGGAUGCUCUUGAAGUCCCUCCUAAGCCUUCUAUGCAAAUUUCUACAACGGCUCUUUCAGAAUCUUCUUGUCUUUCGGAAGUGAAGUCUAACAACUCUGAGGAAUUGAUUUGA